GAGUAGUCAAUGGCUGGAACGCCCUACCCGAACAAGUGAAGACUGAACAAAACGGCGGGUAUCUUUGAGUGGGUGGGGUUUUUGUCGUCCCGUGCUGCCGAUUUACUCGGGAGAUAACCGAAUUUUUUCAAGUUCUUCAACUCAGUGCUUCAAUCACUGCACCCCUGCCGUCUCUCAGUAGGUGCAUCUUACCCAAUCCUUAAAGGGAUCACCUGUCAUGUCUAACAAACGCAAAUCCAACACAAAAGAUGAAUCAUCUGAUUCUUCCCUCUCAGAUCUCGAGGAGCCUGUUGUAGCUAAAAAACCUAACAAGUCAAGUGGCUCCACAAAGUCAUCACACGUGACUACUUCAGGUGGAGACCAGCUAAUAGACUUAACUGGAAAAAAGUUCGCGUGCGUAAGAGAGUUCAGAGGAAAAGCGUUUGUCGAUAUAAGGGAAUACUAUGAAGACAAAUCCAGUGGAGAAUUAAAACCUGGAAAGAAAGGUAAGCGAACUCAUCCUACCAAUUAUAGAAAUACAAUGUAUGUGCGGCUAAACACAUAUAAAAAAUUAAACUAAACAGUAAAUUCAGCAUAUCGAUACAUGCACUUUGCUUUCUAUAAAUAUCAGAUUUUGUUACGUAUAAGGCUAUUGCAAUAUGUAGUUGCUUAACUUAAUGCAGUGUAGAAAAAUCACCAAUUAGUGAUCUCAGUCAGUUAUAUGAAACCUGCAGCCUGAUACAUUUGCGUCAGUUCAAGUUGGGACAGCACAGCUAGUGGUCUGAGUCCCGUAGAAAAGUGCUGACUUCCUGCUUACAGUCCAUGGAUUAAGUCGCAAUUAAUGGUGGAAAACGAUAUGAUAUGGCAGUUGAGGUCUAAGGAUACUUAUUUCGGGUCGUACAUCAAUUAUGACUGACUAAUAUGGUUCAAAGUUUCACCAGCACAUAAAUAAUUUAUUCAGUGGUGGUCUAUAUAUCCUUCGUUAAGCCACCCCUUGUGUGAUAGCUAAUGAUGAAAUAAGGGUACAUAAACUGUUGUAGUUGAGAUGAGGUUCAAACAUAUAACUUAUGGACCUUAAGUUGACUCAUAUCUUGCAGACUCAAGCCUGUUAUAACAAAUUUAGAUCAGGUAACCGGAUGUUAACCUUUAAAAAACAUUCUCAUUGUCGGGUACGUAGAAUUGUUCUUGGAAUUUCCCUUAAUUUGGAACAAUGGGAAUAUUUAAAAAGUUCAAUUGGUGAAUUAGAUGAUGACAUAAGAAAUCUGCGACGAUAACUUUUCAAAAAAUCACAGCUUCAAAAUGUUUAUAUUAGCUGUAUUUUUGAUACAUUCCCGAUCACCUUAAUACUAAUAACUAUUGCUUUGUGAAAAGUUGCCAGAAAAAACCUAUUAUUGAAUUUAAAGAUUGCAUUUUGUUAGUUUUUUUUUAAUAAAAAAUACAACUUAUGG